UGAGUAAAAUAUUCAAAAACUUCCAGCUGCUAAAUCAAUCAAACACUAACAGACGCAAAGGAUUCCUCUAAAUCCACGUUCCAUACAACUCUUCCAACCAAUCCUUUGAAUAUUAUAACUCAGAUUCAAUUAUUAUCAUCGCCUUCUUCUUCUACUUUCUGAGAUUUGCAGAGUAUUGCAAAGCUUGAUCCAUGGCGACUCUCAGUUUCAGUACCCAGAUCAAAGGCAAGAACCCAGUUCUUGAAUUUGCCAGGAAUCUUCCUCAGAAGAGUAUGGCUCGGUCUUCGAGAGUUGGGUUCAGGGUAUUUGCUUCUGAGACCCAAGUAGAACCUGAUCUUAGUGUCACUGUUAAUGGGUUGCACAUGCCUAACCCGUUUGUCAUCGGGUCGGGUCCACCUGGGACUAACUAUACGGUUAUGAAAAGGGCUUUUGAUGAAGGGUGGGGUGCUGUGAUUGCCAAAACUGUUUCGUUAGAUGCAGAUAAAGUUAUAAAUGUCACUCCUCGAUAUGCUCGGUUACGAGCAGGUGCCAAUGGCUCCGCCAAAGGACAAAUUAUUGGGUGGGAGAACAUAGAACUAAUUAGUGAUCGUCCUCUGGAGACUAUGCUAAAUGAAUUUAAACAAUUAAAAAAAGAGUAUCCGGAUAGGAUUUUAAUUGCUUCAAUUAUGGAGGAAUAUAAUAAAGCUGCAUGGGAGGAACUUAUUGAUCGGGUUGAGCAAACUGGAGUUGAUGCCCUAGAAAUCAAUUUCUCAUGCCCUCAUGGUAUGCCAGAGCGCAAGAUGGGUGCUGCAGUUGGUCAAGAUUGUGCACUUUUGGAAGAAGUUUGUGGAUGGAUCAAUGCAAAAGCUACAAUUCCUGUUUGGGCAAAGAUGACUCCUAACAUCACUGACAUCACUCAGCCUGCUAGGGUGGCUCUAAGCUCAGGAUGCGAAGGGAUAGCAGCUAUUAACACAAUCAUGAGUGUAAUGGGAAUCAAUCUUCAAAGCUUGCGACCUGAGCCUUGUGUAGAGGGGUACUCAACUCCUGGUGGCUAUUCGUCCAAGGCAGUCCAUCCUAUUGCACUUGCAAAAGUUAUGAGUAUCGCAAAAAUGAUGAAGUCAGAGUUUGGUGACAAGGACUAUUCACUUUCAGGCAUUGGGGGUGUUGAGACAGGUGGUGAUGCUGCGGAAUUUAUCCUUCUUGGAGCAAAUACAGUUCAGGUCUGUACUGGGGUUAUGAUGCAGGGGUAUGGCUUGGUUAAGAAACUUUGUGAUGAGAUGAAGGAUUUUAUGAAAUCGCAUAAUUUUUCAUCAAUAGAAGAUUUUAGAGGGGCUUCUCUUCAGUAUUUUACAACUCACACUGACUUGGUAAAAAGGCAGCAAGAAGCCAUUCAACAGAGGAAAGCAAUCCGGAAAGGAUUGCAGUCAGACAAAGAUUGGACUGGAGAUGGUUUUGUCAAAGAGACUGAGAGCAUGGUUUCUAACUAAAUAAUACAUAUCAUUUGUAAGCAUCUCCCUUGUACAAUUCCAAAUAAAAGGAUCUCCAUCUUUUACUGGUUGUGGGUUCAAAAAAAAAAAAAAAAAAAAAAAAAAAGGGUUCUUUUAAGUUGAAAAAGGAACUACAUUGUAUGAAUAUCUUAGUUGAUAAGUACCACAGAUAUUUUCUAAUUCACUUAAAGUGAAGUCAUGAGGAGCAUUCAAAUAUAAUAUGCAACUGAAUGUUCGAUAAGUUAAAAAAUACAAAGAAGGAAAAUCUGUACUUUGGCUUGCAAUAUACUUAAAGAAUAAAUGCCAUCGCAAAGACAUGUGGUUCUGUGUUUUGGUUCUUUGGUCGAUGGGUUUAUUUA